AUGUCUGGGAAAGAGGCAGUGAGCGAGCACGUCGAGGGUCUAGAGUCGUCCUCCCCAGAAGUUACUGAGAAGACACGCAAUAAUGACACCUUCGCGACUGUUAUCCAACAUAGCAAGCCGAAUCCAUGGAGUCGAGGAUACUUACGGCUGUAUUUCAUGUGUCUGCUCGUUUACCUGUGUGCUACAAUGGCAGGCUUUGAUGGCCAGCUGAUGGGCUCCAUCAAUGCCAUGAAGAGCUACACCGAACACUAUGGCUUACCAGCAGAAGGCAGCAGUGGAACGGGUCUGGUCUUCUCGAUAUUUUCACCGACACUGGGGGCUUUCAUCGGCGGGAGAUUCAUCUUGGCCUUCUUUUCCUCGUUUGCAUGCGUAGCAGCGCCAAUGUAUCUGCUCGAGGUUGCUCCGCCGCAGUACAGAGCCACGGUGUCUGGCAUGUACAACACUCUGUAUUACUUUGGCGCCAUCAUUGUCACCUGUACGGUGUAUGCAACGAACCACCAUUUGACUGGUCUCGUAUCCUGGCGACUUCCACUUUGGCUGCAAAUGCUGAUGCUCUGUCCAGGCCUCGUAUGCUUGGGCAUUUGGCUUGUACCAGAAUCACCUCGCUGGCUGGUCGGUAAAGAUCGCCAUGAGGAAGCAAGAAAGAUCUUGGCGGACCUGCAUGCUGAUGGCGAUCACAAGCAUCCGCUGGUCGAGCUUCAGAUGACCGAGAUCGUGCAAGCGCUUAAACAAGAAGGAAUGAUGACAUGGCGGUACUUCUUUGAUCUUCGCGUGCUAUUCAAGACAAGAGCUAGACGCUACAGAAUCAUGCUCAACAUUGCUUUCUCCUGGUUUGGACAGUUCUCUGGCAACAACAUCGCAUCUUACUACCUGCCAUAUCUCGUAGCUAACGUCGGCAUCACUAAUACUAGUACGCAACUGCUGCUCAACAUCGUCUAUGCAAUCACCGACUGGACACCUGCGAUGAUCGGCGCUCGACUACACGAUGUCUUCGGUCGACGAAAGAUGUUGACGGGAGUCACUCUCGAAAUGGCAGACUGUCUUGCCAUCACAGCUGGGACCGCGGCUGACUACGUUCAUACCGGCAGCAAAGCAUCAUCGCGAGCUUCUAUCACCUUCAUCUACGUCUUCGGUAGCACUUUCGCCCUCGCUAUGACAUCCAUGCAACCGAUAUACCCUGGCGAAGUCCUAUCCAACGAUAUGCGAGCGAAGGGUAUGGAAGCGUAUUCCUUCACAGCUGCAACUGCGAGCUUUGUGAAUACUAUUGCUGCACCUGUGUGGUUACGAGAUACAAAAUACUGGAUGUAUGUCUUCUUCGUUUUCUGGGAUAUUUUCGAGUGUGUAUUCAUCUAUUUUUUCUUUGUUGAGACCAAGGGAAGAACUCUUGAAGAAUUGGAUGAGAUCCAUAGCUGUUGA